AUUCUGGCUUUUAACUCGUUGCCGGAGAACAUUUGGCACCGAGAAUAACAGGUGCUCUCGCGAUACAAACUAUCACUAUGAUGUUUGCAUGCAGUAUUUAUUAGCAGCAGUCUCCCUCUACAGUCCGGCUCAGUUGGUAAACGCGUUGCUGCUGUAAAGGAGGCAUUUUGGACGUUUCUUCUUUGACAGCACAUCACCCUGUAUUUUGGGAAAACAACUAUUAGCAACAGAGCAGAGAGACUCGUUCUGGCAAAGGGAGGAGAAAAAUAAUCCUCCGAACAAUCCCUCCGCUCGAGUUUUCCCCUCAGAAGCAGCCGGAUCUGAGGUGAAGUAGAGCAGACCUCUCUUUCCCUGCCAACGACAGGGAAUCACGACUGCAGUUCCCGACACACAAACACUUUGUACCUCCGUUAUGCAGUUCUCCACUUACCUCAUCUUUUUGUCAAUCUUUCCCAUUGCUCUCAUCCCAACCUGCUUUUCCCAAAAUGAUGGAGACCUUGUUAAUACACAUAGUGGUCUAGUUCAAGGCGAGCGGCUUCCGGUGCCGGAUGGAAGCUAUGUCACAGCUUUCCUGGGCAUCCCUUUUGCUGAGCCACCAUUGGGUAAGCGUCGCUUCCGUCCUCCUGAGCCGAAGCGAAGAUGGACAGGGAUUUUUGAGGCUAAUGCCUACCCCAACGCCUGUUACCAGUAUGUGGACACGUCGUACCCAGGCUUCCAGGGCAGUGAGAUGUGGAAUCCUAACAGAGAGAUGAGCGAGGACUGCCUGUACCUUAACAUCUGGGUGCCUGCCUCGCCCAGGCCCCACAAUCUCUCGGUUAUGGUGUGGAUCUAUGGUGGAGGUUUCUAUAGUGGCUCUUCUUCGCUGGAUGUGUAUGAUGGCCGUUAUCUUGCUCACACUGAGACGGUCAUUGUGGUCUCCAUGAAUUACCGUAUUGGAGCCUUUGGUUUCCUCGCUCUUCAUGGCUCUUCCGAGGCUCCUGGAAAUGUUGGCCUGCUGGACCAGAGGUUGGCAUUGAAGUGGGUGCAAGAAAAUAUCCAUUCGUUCGGUGGAAACCCCAAACAGGUGACUAUCUUCGGUGAGAGUGCUGGCGGUGCUUCAGUCGGGUUCCACCUACUGUCUCCAGACAGCAGACCUUUUUUCACAAGGGCCAUCCUUCAGAGCGGGGUCCCCAACUGUCCGUGGGCCUCUGUCAGCCCUGCAGAGGCCAGAAGACGUGCCACACUUCUGGCAAAGCUUGUUAACUGUAAUGGAGGCAACGACACUGAGCUGGUGGACUGUCUGCGCAACAAAACUCCACAGGAACUUAUCGACCAAGAAUGGCUGGUUCUACCAUGGUCAGCUCUGUUCCGGUUCUCCUUUGUACCAGUUGUGGAUGGUGAUUUUCUGCCUGAUACUCCAGAAGCAAUGCUUAACUCAGGCAAUUUUAAAGACACUCAGAUUCUUCUUGGAGUCAACCAAGAUGAGGGCUCUUACUUUCUGCUGUAUGGAGCACCGGGAUUCAGCAAGGACAAUGAGAGUCUAAUUUCCAAAGAAGACUUCCUGGAAGGUGUACGACUGAGCGUACCACACGCAAAUGAUAUCGGCUUGGAGGCAGUGGUGCUGCAGUACACCGACUGGAUGGAUGAGAAUAACGGAGUGAAAAACCGCGAUGCCAUGGAUGACAUUGUUGGCGAUCACAAUGUAAUUUGCCCACUGGCACAUUUUGCUCGUUCAUACGCACAGCAUCACACUCUUAAGGCGAACCUGGGCAUGAUGAACAGUGGCGGAAACUCACAAGGUGGCGUGUACCUCUACCUGUUUGACCACCGGGCUUCUAAUUUAGCCUGGCCAGAGUGGAUGGGAGUCAUCCAUGGCUAUGAAAUCGAGUUUGUCUUUGGGUUGCCACUGGAGAAGAGACUCAAUUACACCACUGAAGAGAAGAAUCUGAGUCGACGCAUGAUGAAAUACUGGGCAAACUUUGCACGGACAGGAAAUCCUAACGACGGGCUGCUGGACACUAGGAAACGCUGGCCUUUGUUUACAGCGAAUGAGCAGAAACAUGUCACGCUCAACACCGACCCUCUCAAAAUCCACAAAGGUUUGCGCAACCAGAUGUGUGCUUUCUGGAACCGCUUCCUGCCACGCCUUCUGAACAUCACAGGCAACAUCGAUGAGGCAGAGCGUCAGUGGAAGGUGGAGUUUCACCGCUGGUCCUCCUACAUGAUGCACUGGAAGAGUCAGUUUGAUCACUACAGCAAGCAGGAGCGCUGCACCGACCUCUGAGAGCCACACGCUGACCGCCGUCACGCUGUGGAGGCGGCGAAAGAUAGACCACUUGUUUCAUUUUGUCUCACUAACUUCGUUCCUGUUUGGUUUCUCAACACACACAAGCUCACUCUUUUUAUUCUUAUUUAUAUUAUUUAUAUUAUUUAAACUAUUUAUUGACGUGUUGUUUCACUGAAUGUAGGUUUCUGUGUCUGUAAAGGGAAGACACUGGAGGAAACUAAUCAUGAAGACUAGCUGUUACCAUCUGCGUGUGUAUGCGUGUGUUUGCGUGUGUAUGCGCGUGUGUGUAUGUGUGUUUGAAUUGUUUGAAAGCUCUGAGUUGAACUUGGAUCCUGAUCAAAGUGUGACGCCAGUCCAUGGGGGGUGGGGAGGCUAUCUCUCUUUUCCCUCCUCUUCACAGUAUUUCAUCAGAGUGAACAUUUGCUUCAUGACGUUUCCUUCCCUGCAUCCCUGUAUGUCGCCCGUUUGAGCAGUUACAAACGUGUUUUCCUUUUGUUGCAGUCUCAUCAUCCUAUAAUUUAUUUUUAGUGCUUUUGACACCGCUAUACUCAUCGUUUGUGAUUUCUUUGCUUUGUCAUAGUAACCUGGGUUUUAAAGUCAUACGCAGCAUUACUCAACAUGUCUCAGUAUUUCUCUACCUGUCAGGUUUCGUUUGUUUUCUCCAUCUGCACUCUUCUUCUGUCCUUCAUCCCUAGCUCAUUUUAACCUGUCGUCUUCCUCUCUAACUUAUCAUCCUCCCACUUUCUGGUUUUUCCUGUCUCUUCCUUUUGCUGUUCACUCGCUCCGCAGAAACCUUUUUCUACUCUCUCAUCUCUUAGUCGCAUCCUCUCUAUCGUCUUUCUGAGCCUCAUUUCUGAUCCUUCCUUCCUUGUCCUCCUCACAGCUUUUAUCACCACCCACAUUUCCAUCUCCCUGUGUCGUCCUCUUUUCUUGUUAGACUAAUGGAGGCAGAGUAAUUCACUCAGCAGAAAGAUAAUGUGACCGAGUGCUAGCUCAGCCUCUGGCUUGCCAGCCAGCCUGAUUCGAUGAAUUGAUGCAAAAUGGAAGAGAGAGGAGGCAAGGACGGAAAGAGGGGGAAGGAAAGCGAGGUGGAGAUGUGGGGGACAGAAGAAAAGCAAGCAUUGCGUAAUCUUUUAUUUGUGUCUUUUUUUCCUCUGGCACUACGAACUGGAAAUUACAUCUAGUGUUUGUUACACCCUCCAUUCCAGAGCUCUUUUAAUCAUUUUAGCUCUGGGUUGCCAACAUGAAUGCGAGACUGUCUGUUUGCUUUGUAGAGUCAGAUUUCUCUGAGUUCUUUGUCUUUGCCUGUCCUUGGCAUAUAAUAGUCUUUGGAGCCCCUAGUGGCCAAAGCAGCCUUUCAUGACACUGACAUCUGUCCCAGAGAAUGAGUUCAAGUUUUUAUGUUCUGAAAAAUCUGGUGUUAGAGCAAAAUUAGGCAGAGUUGAGUUGUGGGCACAGUCUCAGUUCUGCUCCAUCACUGAUCUUAUCUAAAACAUUAUGACUUCAUGAUAUUUACUUCCAAUUAUUCUCACAAAUGCAGCAUAUUUUUAGGGAAUCUAAUUUAAGACCUGUAAUUUAGUCCAAAACAUUAGGUCAAUAUUUUUUAAAAGAUCAUUUUGUCAAAGACUGUCAUUCAAACAGCUAAUGGUUUUCUUUAAAAACUUCUAUCUGUAUGAAACCUUCACUGAGAGUGAUUUUAAGAAAGUAAAACAUCUGUAGUUUCAUGUAGAUGACAGACCAAGUUCUUCAGUCUACAACGUUUAUUAAUUGUCUUUUUGAUAAGCCCAGGUCCUCAGAGUGACCUGUUCUGGUCUUCACUCCAUCUGCUUAAAUUCAAAGGAAAUAGAAAAUUCAUUUCCUUCAUUUAUUUUCCUUUUCAUUAGCAUUUCAUUAACCUCCACUUGUGAGAAUAAGUGAACAGAGACAGCUUUUGAGGGUUAAGAAGAGUUAUGUAAAUGUUUAUUUUACACAAGUGGUAAAAGAAACGUGUGCGUGUGUGUGUGUGUAUGCGUGUGUGUGACGUUAAAUCUCACCAUCCUAAUUGACAAGCACCUUUGUUGGCAUGUGAAGCUCCUUUUCGUGGCUCUGACUUGUGUUGCUGGCUUUAAAAAGAAGUACAUCCAAAAAAAAAAAAAAAAAAAAGAUUGUACCUUGUAUCUACUACCAGUAAGGACUGCAUGUCAGAGGCUGUAUGAGCGACAAAGUCCUCCACUCUUAUUUAACGGAAAACGCUGCCUAUGUACCUCUACCACUUCAAUACAACUGUUGUGCAUGUCCUGAAGUCUGUUAUCCCCAGAUUAUCCUGCCAAACUCUUGACUGUUAUUUGCUGUAGAAUUUGUACUGCACACAAAACUAUUAUGCAGCUAAGUCAUUUUAACAUAUAUUGAUAGCUAUGUUUGAUGUUAGCAAUAACAUAAGUAGAUCAGUAAAAGAAUAUAUUUGAUAUUUAAAUGCAGUAAAACUAACAAACUGUAUCAAGAAUUGAAAAUGUGUUUUUAAAGCAAUAUUAUUGUGAGUAUAACAUAAGUGCCAUAAACGUUUCUUCUUUUUUUUCCCUCUUUUGUUUAUUCCGUUUGGAUCAAUGUUCUGCCUAAUGGUCGUUUGUUCCUAUCACUAAUACUGUGAGUGCUAAAGGCUUUCAUUAGCUCCAUAGUACAUUGCUGUGUAUCAUCAAUGCUAACCUACUGCAACAAAAAUAAAGACUCUGCAGCAUC